AUGCCUUCUGCUAAAGGGAAGCCAACUGAUCCCAAGCUCAAGAAGGACAUUACUGAAAGUAAAGAACUUUCUUUUCAUUUUCCCCCUCGUGAUCCCGCGACCCCUUUGAAAUCUCCCUUACCUUUGAUUGUGUCCGAUCCUUUCUUAACAUCUACCAAAACAGAAGUAAAGCAAGAAACGAAUAAAGAUGGUAGUGGUAAAGGAAAGAUGGCUGCAUGGAAGGCCAAAAAGAUCGGUCAAGAAUAUGAAGCUGAAGGAGGUGAUUACGAAAAUGAACCCGGAUCUAAAGACAAACCCACGAAAGGAACACCCGAGAAGAAAUCCGAGGAGGAGAAAGCUGCUGAAUUGAAAGAUUCCGAGAAGGAGAAGAAUGGCCAUGGCAAGGAAACCGCUGAUGAAAAAGCAAAUGGAUCGGACGACAAGGCAGCUGAUAAAGAAGUCGGGAAGAAGGCACCUGUUCAAAAGAAACAAGCUGCCCCGAAGAAGGAAAAGAAGGUACAAAGACAAGGAACGCGAAGUAGCGCUCGACAACAAGAAAAGUUAGAUCCAAAGCCCGCAGCAGAGAAGAGAAAAAACGUUAGUGAUGAGGCAGCGGAUGAAGAUGAUGAAGCGACUGAAGAAGAAGAGAAGCCUGCGGCAAAGAAAUCCAAAAAUCAGGAACCAACUUCAGAGAAGCCAAAGUCAGAGGAACCAAACGAGGAGGAAGAAAAAAAGGAACAAGCAAAAGCAGAGCCAGAGGAGAAAAAGGCAGAGCCAAAGAAACGUGGCAGAAAGGCCAAAAAGUGA